AUGAACCCGGGGCGCAAGGUCAGUGAGAGCGAGUCUCGACUUCAGCGUGAACGCGAUGCUGCUCUUAGCAACGCCGAGGAACAGAAGCGAAAACUGACUGAUUUAUACACCAAAAUCGGACAGCUGUGGGAGGAGAACCAUACCCUCAAGGAAAAUAUCAAGACCUCGUCGAACAAAGAGAAGAACACGGAUGAGCUUUGCGAGACAUGCGAGGACAAAGAUGCCAAGAUCGCUCAACUUCAGCAACAACUCGACUUAGCAGGUGAGUCAUCCGAAGAGAGCAGAGAAGACCUUGGCCUUUACAUGCAGAAUUGUGGAAUCCAAUUGAGCAUCAAGACUAACGUCUUCUUCGCAGCAGGUGUACGACCCAAGACCGAUCCCGACGCCGCACACGCCGGGCUACAUAUCGCAUUCUUUAAAUCAGAGGAAGAGUUGCGGACCAAAGACCUCGAGCACGCCACGGAGAAAGCGAAGAUCAAAGUGGAGCACGAGAUCCUGGUUACUCGCCUCCAGGACGAAGUGCGCGAUGCUCACAAAGCGACCAAGAAAGAGCGUACAGAGAAGCUUCUUACGCGGGAACAGCUUUCCAACAUCACGAAAGAACUCUCCGAUACCAAGAAGCAGCUCUUCGACUCGGAAGAGCAAUAUCGGAAAUUCUACGAUAUCAUACCCAAGCCGGGAGGAGGUAGAAUGACAAAGCCGCCGCUGCCAGCCAUACCGCGGUCUGAUCAUAUCGCAGAAGCGGUUGAUUACUUACCUUCGGCACCGCAAGCCUCUAGCUUUGAGCCAACAGAUCAUUCGCAUCGUGGUCACAGCCAAGACAACGAGACUUCUCCAACCUCAUCACAUAUUUCUGAUGGCUCGGAAUUUGGCCGAGAUGAACCCAGUAAGGAGCGCAUCCUUCUCGUCAGUCUGAAGUUGAACAAGCACUGA